AUGCCCGUAACCAGUCGGACGAGAGACGGGUGGCCAGCGACGCCGUCUAGGGAGCCUUUACUGCCCACGCACGAAGAUAAAGACGAGUUUAUUAUGCUCAGGGGUCACUUCAAGCUUCGACACUCCUUGACACGAUCAUUACUGCGCUACGGCAGCCCGCCCUCUGUUCUAGUCACCUGUGCUCUGCUCCUCUGUGUGGCUUCUUCCGUACUGCUCAUAUCUACGAUCUCGAAAUCUGGGUCUUCUCCGUUACCGUUGGAUGUGAAUGGCACUGGCACAGCUACGACCGAGGUCGUAUGCCCGAAGCCACAGUAUCCUGACGCCAAAGUUCUUGAUCCAAAGGCGUAUGUCCUGGGCUCGCCUACUGCGAGGUUCCGAGAUAAUCUGAGAAAUGACACGAAGUACAUCACCUCCUGGGACGCUGCUGGCUGGACAAACGAUGUCAUGGCUCUCGGCAACAUGAUCUACCUUGGCUCGAUAACGGACCGUAUCCCGAUCAUCCCACCAUUCACGCCUUCCCACUUGAGCAAGAGCGCAGGCGCUAUUAAUACUGGGGAUAUCUUCGACCUGCCUCGACUCUCUGCUCACUUGCAACUGCCUCUAGUCGAAUGGCACCAGGUCAAACAAAGCGACAGCGAGGAGAUGGACCAACUUGGAUGCUGGAGCGUGUGGGAAGCAGCGCACCAAGAGGCGGACGGUACGAGAAGGCCCCGGCCUCAUCGAGGGGAGGAGGUGCUUAAGCUAGAUAUCUCAUACACGCGUGCACCCGAUUUUGUGGCAAUGGGACGGGACGAUCACGCGCAUAUGUGGGGAUUAGCAGCGCUCGGAUUCUCCGAGUACCGCUCUCAGCAUCUAAGCGCACCGCACCCCUCAAGUCAAAGCGGAAGUGUUUUAUAUCCGGACGAGCAGGUGCUGUGCUUCGAUCUUCUGUACUACGUCAGCGUCUUCCAACCGUUCGAGUACGAACAUGAGCAUAGCCCCGUAUGGAGAGAUGUGGUUCGCCACAUGAGGUGGACGGAGCGGCUGGAGGGCAUAGCUCAAGGUUAUAUCCGACGAAUCCUAGGUGUGCCAGAGGGAUCUGAUAUACCUCCGUUUAUCGCGAUUCACUUCCGAAGAGGCGAUUUCAAGGUCCACUGUCCCGAGUGGAAGACAGAUGGUUGCUUUGCUACCCUAGCGAUGUUUGCCCAGGCCGUUUCGGAGGUGCAGGAAGAGCUGUGGGUCCGUAAGGGCAUCCGAGUCACCGAAGUAAUCAUGCACAGUGAUGAGCAAGAUCCCUCGUGGUGGGACGAGGUCGCUGCGCUUGAAUGGGAGGCAGAUAAAGACAACGAGAGGUUUGACCCGGCAUCUUACCUACUCGGUCCUCCAACCCAAUCCUUCCGAGAUAACCUACGGAAUGACACCAAAUACAUUACUUCCUUCCACAGUGCAGGGUGGACUAACGACGUCAUGACUAUGGCCAAUCUCAUAUAUCUCGCAAAAAUCUCCGAUAGAAUCCCCAUCAUCCCUAACUUCACUCCAGAGUAUCAUGUCGGAGGUCCGGACGUCGAACGGAUACCAUUUAGCGAAGUAUUCGACGUUCCGCGGCUGAGCAAAGCCAUAGACUUGCCCAUCCUAGAGUGGCAUCAAGUGAAGGAUACAGAAAGCGAAGAGAUAGAGGAACUCGGCUGCUGGAGCGUAUGGGCCAGUGUGUCACGCCCGCCGGAAGGCCCCAGAGGUUCCAGAGUACCUAGUGAUCUUGGAUUAGAUAUAUCUUACACCCCCGUCCCCGACUGGGUGCCUUCGGGGCAUAAUUCACAUACUACGUUCUGGAAGCUUGCGCCUUUGACUUUCCCGGCGACCCGCGCAAAGAAUCUUGGGAAGCCAAUUCCAUCACCCGAGAAAGGUGUUGUCGUGCAUCCGGACGAACAACUGGCUUGUUUUGAUUAUCUAUACUAUGUCGCUGCACACGAGGAUUUUGAAUAUGAGCUUGAAUUUAGUCCCGCAUGGAGACAUGUGCUGUAUCAUUUCAGAUGGACACCAACCAUACAGAAUCUCGCCAUAUACUAUCUUAGACGCGCCCUGAAGGUCGCACCUGGAGCCGACAUUGUCAUUCCACCCUACAUCGCUAUCCAUGCCCGUCAUGGUGACUUUGGAAUUUCCUGCAAGGAGACUCCAGCCUCUAUCAAAUGCUUUGCCCCCGUUUCCUCGUUUGCUCAAGCUGUAGCCGAGGUGCAACGGGAGAUUCUAGAAAGGGAUGGGAUCGUCAUCCCUAACGAGCACGUCGUGAUGACGAGCGACGAGAAGGAUCCGGAGUGGUGGGACCUGGUCGCCAGCUAUGGCUUCACAUGGGUGGACUACAAGAAGGAGAAUGUUGUCGAGAUCCUCGGCAGAUGGUAUCCCACUUUCAUCGACGCUGUCAUUCAGUCAGGCGGCAGGGGCUUUGUUGGGUGUGAACAGUCGACCAUGUCUCUCAUAGCUGGCCGCCGUGUGCGGGAAUGGCAUGGAGGGAUCACCAAAUUCAUCCCCUGGGGACCGGCCAGUCCAUGAGUGAGAGGUCUUUCGAUAAACUC